UGAGUCUUUGAAAAUAAAUUUCCAAAAGCUGAAUUUUUGAUACAGCAGGACCAGGCUACUACUACUAGUACUAGCACAGACCAUACCGAUGGCCGGAGUGUAUGAUUAUUCUUUCCAGCAGUCGGCUGUCAAUCCAUCCAUUCCUACUCUGAUUUUAGCAUUCUUGAUCUUACCAGUGACAAUGUAGAUCGACCAAGGACCUUUUAAAUAUUGGAAUAGAAAAUACCGCUAAUUAUUUUAUCCUUCGGCCAGCACUGCAGCAGGAUGAUUUCAAGAAGUUCAGGUGCUGAUAGUAAUACUGGGGGCGCAAUGACAAAGGCGAGUGCAGUACCUGAGGCCGAUUCAGAUUCCGUCACCACUCCCUUGCUGAAGCCAAAGGACGAUGCGAAUCGGGAGCGUGACCAUGCAGACCUAGGCACUAAUACCAGUACGGCCGGUGCCCAUGCUAACCCGCUCACUGCCAAUGUUUCUCGUGCACGUCGAUUUCUCAUCGUAGCCUGUCUCUGCCUGACAGUGGCAAGCAGUGCCAUGCAGGGAACGUGCUUUGGCCCGUUCUUUUUCAAAGCUGCGCUGGAGAAAAAUCCGCACGGCGGCCCAGGGUAUCGCACGGCAGUCAGUGCAGUGUUCAGCCUGGCGGCAGUGGCUAGUUUGGUGGGGGCCCCUGUCCUGAUCCGUGUGCUGCACGAUAUCGGCAGCAAGCAGCUACUGGUGAUUGCGGCAUGCACGAAAGACGCGGCCUCCAUACUGUUCGCAAUGCUGGAACACGUCUCGGACUGGAGAGUGUUUCUCGCUUACUGCUACAUACUCCGCUGCAUCCAGGGAUUUGGGUUCUUUGCUAUCGCCACGGCGAAUAUGACCUACCUGACGCGAAUGUACCCCAGCCAGCUUGGAUUUGCAAACAGCUGUAUGCUGACUAGUUUGGCGGCGGGUCAUGCCGUAGGCACCCUGCUAGCCGGUGGUCUAUAUGACGUUGGCGGAUUCCAACUUCCCUUCCUCGUCACGGGUUCCAUCGGACUGCUCAUGUCGCUCUCGGCCGGAGUGUUCAUUUUGGAUAUUGAUAAGUUGGCCAACGAGCAGCUACAACCAGUAGACCAAGGUAACACCAGCGGUAGCAGCACGAGUGCUGCAAAACCAGCUGUGGCUGAAAGGCAUGUCAGUGUACUGUCUACGCUACGACUUCCCUGGGUCUGGUUUCUGUUGCUGCUGUUUGUUUCCAUCAACUUAGCGUACAGUGCCAGCGAAGCCGUCCUGGCGCCGCACAUGAAGUUACAGUUUGGCGUGAGCGCGACGGUCAUCGGAGCUGCUCUUGCGCUGAUGAUCGCACAGACUCUGAUCUGCGGCCCGGUCGUCGGCAAGCUACUGGACAGGGGCUGGAAUCGCUACUUGCUGAUGCCGUUCGGUUUGGUGCUGAUGGCCGUUGGGUGUGUGUUGAUCGGCCCGGCUUCGUUCCUGCACCUACCGCACCGACUAAGCCUGGUGUUUGUGUCCACGUUUGUGCUGGGUGUUGGGCGAGUGCAUGUGCUCCUGACGCUACCGAUUGCACUUGCCGAGCACCUUCGUGACGAGGGCCUUGGCAGUGUGGUGGAGACUCGCAUUCCGGUGGCAGUGCUGACGCGGUUCUUCCUCUCGCUGGGGUUUGCCCUGGGGCCGGUGGUGGUGAGUCCGCUGGUGGCCGUCCUUGACUUUCAGACCGUGUUCGGUCUCCUGGCCUUUCUGUACUGUGGCCUUGCCGCACUGCUUCUAGGUCUCAAGUGGCUAGCACUGCUUGUAGCCCAGAUCAAAGCGUGUGUGGUGCGUGGCAAUCCCACUGGCGGUGUCAGCAGUCCCGCCGCAAGGCUAAACUCGACUGCUGCCGAGCUUCACUGCGUUGCAUGAUAAUUCCGUCCUUCUACGCCGUAGCGCCGCAGGGCAAUUUCUUUCCAAGUUCGAGUCGUGGAUCCACGCACUGCACACAGCCUUCAAGGUGUGUAUACAUUAUUUAUAGUGGAAAUCGAAACAGGCAUAAUGCCCUAUAACAUUGGACCCACUGAUAGCAUUGGACCCACUGAUAGCAUUGGACCCACUGAUAGCAUUGGACCCACUGGUGUGUUCCCGACCAUCUACUUAAUGAUUCCAAGGGACACACCUUGCCUAGAGCUAGUAACAGCAGCACGACAGAUUCAUUGAUCGUUUGAUUUCAAACUGUAAGGCAGUAAGCAGCUACUGGUCAUAGCUGCAUGACUGUCUUACCAUGGGUCUACGCGUAUACACCUGCAAAGAACUGGACGAACAACCUGCUAUCACCUUAGAUACUUGUUGCAAGUAAGAUUUAGCCAUUUCAGACAUUUAGGUAUUUCAGACAUAGAAGUCUCAGAACUUUUCUGAAUCCGAUCGCAACUAUUGAAUUUCAUCAUGGUAGUACAACCAACUUUGCGUAUGACGACACUCGGCGGCGGGGUAUCAGAAAAGUGUCCUUGUACCCAAAGUCUCAUUAUUAUGUAUUACAGUUGGAUGGGACUUUGCUCUGGGCAUUGCAAUUCUGUCGUUAUUCGCGAAUUGUUAUAUCCGCAGUCGUUAUUAGCGAAGUUGACUGCAUGUCGGCAUCAAUUGUAUUUUUUAUAGACAUUUUGUUAUUCUGGUGUGUGGUAUGAUUGUGUGUAAUAUAUUUUUUAUCGAUAUAGCCUAGUAAUACUGCGACAUUGGCUGUGCCUGAUUAGUUUACAUUUAUUAUGUUCUGUUUGAUUCCACUUGAACUGCUUGACCUCCUUCUAGCAUAAUAUAAGUGCCUUGGUAAUCACCUGGCAUGGCGUUGAA